AUGGGUCUAACAGGCAUUCGCACGGCCAUGAAGGUCGACCUCAACAAGCCUGCAGGUGAACAAAAUGGCUUGCAUAACCGCUGGCAUCCAGACAUUCCCUCAUGCGCGACGAUCAAGAACGGCGAAGUCGUGAAGAUUGAAUGCGUCGACUGGACUGGAGGGCAGAUCAAGAACGAUGAUUGCGCAGAUGACAUGCGUGAUAUCGACUUGACUCGCGUGCAUUAUCUGACAGGCCCCUUCGAAAUCGAAACCGCCCAGCCUGGUGAUGUGCUCCUCGUUGAAAUCCAGGAUGUGCAGCCAUUCGAGGAUCAGCCGUGGGGUUUCACCGGCGUCUUCGAUGCGAAGAAUGGAGGUGGCUUCUUGGAUGAGCACUACCCCCAUGCUGCAAAGGCCAUCUGGGACUUUGAGGGCAUUUUCUGCUCGUCCCGCCACAUCCCUCACGUCCGCUUUGCGGGAUUGAUCCAUCCGGGAAUCCUAGGCUGUGCGCCUUCCGCUGAGGUUCUCGCAGAGUGGAACAGACGCGAGGGUGAACUUAUCUCCACUCAUACCCAUUUGGAUCGGGUUGUGGCGAAGCCCCCCGAGCCCAUCAACGUGCACGCGGGCAGUGCAGAUGGGGAAAUCAAGGCGAAGGUCGGAAGAGAGGGAGCUAGAACUAUUCCUGGCCGCCCCGAACACGGUGGAAACUGUGACAUCAAAAACCUCAGCCGUGGCAGCAAAGUCUAUCUCCCAGUGCACGUCCCCGGCGCCAAAUUCUCCGUCGGCGACUUGCACUUUUCCCAGGGUGAUGGCGAAAUAUCCUUCUGCGGCGCCAUCGAGAUGGCCGGCGUGAUCACCAUCAAGUUCAACGUGAUCAAGGGCGGCAUGGCACACAUGGGCAUGAAAUCUCCCAUCUUCCACCCUGGCCCCGUGGAGCCGCAGUUCGGCCCCGGCCGCUACCUGACCUUCGAGGGCUUCAGCGUGGACCAUACCGGAAAGCAGCACUACCUAGAUGCCACGGUUGCGUACCGCGAGACCUGCCUGCGCGUCAUCGAGUAUCUGCGCCGUUAUGGCUAUGAUGACUAUCAGAUUUAUCUGCUGUUGAGCUGUGCACCUGUGCAGGGGCAUAUUGCGGGGUUGGUGGAUAUACCCAACGCGUGCACAACGAUGGGGGUGCCGAUGGAUAUUUUCGACUUUGAUAUUCGUCCUGAGUCCGAUGUGGUGAAGCGAGAUAUGGGGUCUUGUGCAUUUACGAGUGAUCAGAUGAAGAAGUAG